CGCCCGCGAUGGCGAGCCCGCCGCGGCACGGGCCGCCCGGGCUGGCGAACGGAGACGGCCCCAACCUCAACAACAACAACAACAACAACAACCAUAGCGUGCGCAAGUGCGGCUACCUGCGCAAGCAGAAGCACGGCCACAAGCGCUUCUUCGUGCUGCGCGGGCCCGGCGCGGGCGGCGACGAGGCGACGGCGGGCGGGGGGUCGGCGCCGCAGCCGCCGCGGCUCGAGUACUACGAGAGCGAGAAAAAGUGGCGGAGCAAGGCAGGCGCGCCGAAACGGGUGAUCGCGCUCGACUGCUGCCUGAACAUCAACAAGCGCGCCGACGCCAAGCACAAGUACCUGAUCGCCCUCUACACCAAGGACGAGUACUUCGCCGUGGCCGCCGAGAACGAGCAGGAGCAGGAGGGCUGGUACCGCGCGCUCACCGACCUGGUCAGCGAGGGCCGCGCGGCCGCCGGAGACGCGCCCCCCACCGCCGCGCCCGCCGCGUCCUGCAGCGCCUCCCUGCCCGGCGCCCUGGGCGGCUCUGCCGGCGCCGCCGGGGCCGAGGACAGCUACGGGCUGGUGGCGCCCGCCACGGCCGCCUACCGUGAGGUGUGGCAGGUGAACCUGAAGCCCAAGGGUCUGGGCCAGAGCAAGAACCUGACGGGGGUGUACCGUCUGUGCCUGUCGGCGCGCACCAUCGGCUUCGUGAAGCUCAACUGCGAGCAGCCGUCGGUGACGCUGCAGCUCAUGAACAUCCGCCGCUGCGGCCACUCGGACAGCUUUUUCUUCAUCGAGGUGGGCCGCUCGGCCGUCACAGGCCCCGGCGAGCUGUGGAUGCAGGCGGACGACUCGGUGGUGGCGCAGAACAUCCACGAGACCAUCCUGGAGGCCAUGAAGGCGCUCAAGGAGCUCUUCGAGUUCCGGCCGCGCAGUAAGAGCCAAUCGUCGGGGUCGUCGGCCACGCAUCCCAUCAGCGUCCCCGGCGCGCGCCGCCACCACCACCUGGUCAACCUGCCCCCCAGCCAGACGGGCCUGGUGCGCCGCUCGCGCACCGACAGCCUGGCCGCCACCCCGCCGGCGGCCAAGUGCAGCUCGUGCCGGGUGCGCACCGCCAGCGAGGGCGACGGCGGCGCGGCGGCGGGAGCGGCGGCCGCGGGCGCCAGGCCGGUGUCGGUGGCUGGGAGCCCCCUGAGCCCAGGGCCGGUGCGCGCGCCCCUGAGCCGCUCGCACACCCUGAGUGGCGGCUGCGGCGGCCGCGGGAGCAAGGUGGCGCUGCUGCCGGCAGGGGGCGCGCUGCAACACAGCCGCUCCAUGUCCAUGCCCGUGGCGCACUCGCCGCCCGCCGCCACCAGCCCCGGCUCCCUGUCGUCCAGCAGCGGCCACGGCUCGGGCUCCUACCCGCCGCCGCCCGGCCCGCACCCGCCUCUGCCGCAUCCGCUGCACCACGGCCCCGGCCAGCGGCCCUCCAGCGGCAGCGCCUCCGCUUCGGGCUCCCCCAGCGACCCCGGCUUCAUGUCCCUGGACGAGUACGGCUCCAGCCCAGGCGACCUGCGCGCCUUCUGCAGCCACCGAAGCAACACGCCCGAGUCCAUCGCGGAGACGCCCCCGGCCCGAGACGGCGGCGGCGGCGGCGGUGAGUUCUACGGGUACAUGACCAUGGACAGGCCCCUGAGCCACUGUGGCCGCCCCUACCGCCGGGUCUCGGGGGACGCGGCCCAGGACCUGGACCGAGGGCUGCGCAAGAGGACCUACUCCCUGACCACGCCAGCCCGGCAGCGGCCGGUGCCCCAGCCCUCCUCUGCCUCGCUGGAUGAAUACACCCUGAUGCGGGCCACCUUCUCGGGCAGCGCGGGCCGCCUCUGCCCGUCCUGCCCCGCGUCCUCUCCCAAGGUGGCCUACCACCCCUACCCAGAGGACUACGGAGACAUCGAGAUCGGCUCCCACAGGAGCUCCAGCAGCAACCUGGGGGCAGACGACGGCUACAUGCCCAUGACGCCCGGCGCGGCCCUCGCGGGCAGUGGGAGCGGCAGCUGCAGGAGCGACGACUACAUGCCCAUGAGCCCCGCCAGCGUGUCCGCCCCCAAGCAGAUCUUGCAGCCCAGGGCCGCCGCCGCCGCCGCCGCCGCCGUGCCCUCUGCGGGGCCUGCGGGGCCAGCACCCAUUUCUGCGGCGGGCAGGACAUUCCCGGCGAGUGGGGGCGGCUACAAGGCCAGCUCGCCCGCCGAGAGCUCCCCCGAGGACAGUGGGUACAUGCGCAUGUGGUGCGGUUCCAAGCUGUCCAUGGAGCAUGCAGAUGGCAAGCUGCUGCCCAACGGGGACUACCUCAACGUGUCCCCCAGCGACGCGGUCACCACGGGCACCCCGCCCGACUUCUUCUCCGCAGCCCUGCACGGUGGCGGGGAGCCGCUCAGGGGCGUUCCCGGCUGCUGCUACAGCUCCUUGCCCCGCUCCUACAAGGCCCCCUACACCUGUGGCGGGGACAGCGACCAGUACGUGCUCAUGAGCUCCCCCGUGGGGCGCAUCCUGGAGGAGGAGCGUCUGGAGCCUCAGGCCACGCCAGGGCCCAGCCAGGCGGCCAGCGCCUUCGGGGCCGGCCCCACGCAGCCCCCUCACCCUGUAGUGCCUUCGCCCGUGCGGCCUAGCGGCGGCCUAGGCGGCGGCCGCCCGGAGAGCUUCUUGGGCCAGCGCGGCCGGGCGGUGAGGCCCACGCGCCUGUCCCUGGAGGGGCUGCCCAGCCUGCCUAGCAUGCACGAGUACCCACUGCCACCGGAGCCCAAGAGCCCCGGCGAGUACAUCAACAUCGACUUUGGCGAGCCCGGGGCCCGCCUGUCGCCGCCCGCGCCUCCCCUGCUGGCGUCGGCGGCCUCGUCCUCCUCGCUCUUGUCCGCCAGCAGCCCGGCCUCAUCGCUGGGCUCAGGCACCCCGGGCACCAGCAGCGACAGCCGGCAGCGGUCUCCGCUCUCCGACUACAUGAACCUCGAUUUCAGCUCCCCCAAGUCUCCUAAGCCGGGCGCCCCGAGCGGCCACCCCGUGGGCUCCUUGGACGGCCUGCUGUCCCCCGAGGCCUCCUCUCCGUAUCCGCCGUUGCCCCCGCGUCCGUCCGCGUCCCCGUCGUCGUCUCUGCAGCCGCCGCCACCGCCGCCGCCCCCGGGGGAGCUGUACCGCCUGCCCCCCGCCUCGGCCGUUGCCACCGCCCAGGGCCCGGGCGCCGCCUCAUCGUUGUCCUCGGACACCGGGGACAAUGGUGACUACACCGAGAUGGCUUUUGGUGUGGCCGCCACCCCGCCGCAACCUAUCGCGGCCCCCCCGAAGCCAGAAGCUGCCCGCGUGGCCAGCCCGACGUCGGGCGUGAAGAGGCUGAGUCUCAUGGAGCAGGUAUCGGGAGUCGAGGCCUUCCUGCAGGCCAGCCAGCCCCCGGACCCCCACCGCGGCGCCAAGGUCAUCCGCGCAGACCCGCAGGGGGGCCGCCGCCGCCACAGUUCCGAGACCUUCUCCUCCACCACGACGGUCACCCCCGUGUCCCCGUCCUUCGCCCACAACCCCAAGCGUCACAACUCGGCCUCCGUGGAAAAUGUCUCUCUCAGGAAAAGCAGCGAGGGCGGCGUGGGUGUCGGCCCUGGAGGGGGCGACGAGCCGCCCACCUCCCCACGACAGUUGCAGCCGGCGCCCCCUUUGGCACCGCAGGGCCGGCCGUGGACCCCGGGUCAGCCCGGGGGCUUGGUCGGUUGUCCUGGGAGCGGUGGAUCGCCAAUGCGCAGAGAGACCUCUGCCGGCUUCCAGAAUGGUCUCAACUACAUCGCCAUCGACGUGAGGGAGGAGCCCGGGCUGCCACCCCAGCCGCAGCCGCAGCCGCCGCAGCUUCCUCAGCCGGGAGACAAGAGCUCCUGGGGUCGGACCCGAAGCCUCGGGGGUCUCAUCAGCGCUGUGGGCGUCGGCGGCACCGGCGGCGGGUGCGGGGGGCCGGGUCCCGGUGCCCUGCCCCCUGCCAACACCUACGCCAGCAUUGACUUCUUGUCCCACCACUUGAAGGAGGCCACCAUCGUGAAAGAGUGAAGAUCUGUCUGGCUUUAUCACCAGGAUGUCACAUGUCAGAGAAUAUCAUUAAAAGAAGAUGCUCAGCAUUGUUUCAGCCCGAAGCUGCUUGCAGUUUUCUUUUGGAUCUGAGCAAUGACUGUGUUUGGAAACAUCUGUGGACUCUGUUAGAUGAGGCACCAACAAGGCAAGGUCACCUGCCUCUUUCCCUUGUUCCCGGAUGGGGCAUUCAUCAUUGUGCUGUUUGCGUUUUGUUUUGUUUUGUUUUAACAAAAUUAGCCGAAGAAGUUAUUCUCAAGAAAAUUGGAUGUUUUCAUUGGCCUUCUUAAAUUGUGGCCAGUGUCUUAAUUUCUUCUUCUUUUCCUUUUGGCAAAGCAGAUAUAACCCUCAGCAUGCUAGGAGAGUGCACCCGUACCUAUGGAAGUGGUAAAAUCUGGUAUUUACUGGCUUACACUCAAAACGACCACAGUCCUACCUCAGUUCAAGGUAAAGCCGGAUUUCCGUGGCGGGGGUCCGACAGGACCUCCUGUAGUAGCCCCUGCGCUGUGUGUCUGGAGCGCGGUCCUCGGCCUUAUUGAAAUGGUCCAAGUAGACAGCUGCUUGUUGGAUUCCAGUGCAGGUACCUGCGAUGUUUACGUCCACACCGAGCCCAGUGUGGGACUGACAUUUCUCAAUGGAAGUGAAAUUUGGGAUUGGACUUUGAAGACGGAUUACUAAAUAAUAAUUAUUAUAUGUAACUGAAGCAACCUACUUUUGAAAAUCAACUGUAUUGGGUAGUGGGAGGUGGGAGGGAAGGGCUUUGGGAAGGGGAUGAAUAUCUCUUUUUACCUUUAACAGACUUGUUUAAUCUUCUCGAUGUAGAUGUUUAUGUAGGUACUUCACAUUGCAAACGCCUUUUAUUCUAUUUACAAGCUCAGAUGUCUCUGCUCUCCUGAAUCUUGGGCAUGCCUUUCUGUAACCAAAAAUCCCUGUAGGCGUGCUAGCAAUUCCAGGGUGGUCCGGGUUUGGCAGAUUUGAUUUUUAAAAAAUGUAUUAUCUUUAAUAAAAUGUUAUUAUGUCAACCAGUGAGGCUGCCCUGAACAAAAAAACAAAAAGAAAAAAAAAAAAAAGGAAAGAAAGAAACUGAUAAAAAGAGGCAUUCCAGCCCUUAUGUUAUUGAUGGAAAAAGAAAAAGAAGAAAAGCGAUCUCGCAGUACAUGUUACUUGUCGAAAAAAUUCCGGACAAGACUACCCUUGUUUUAUGUUUUCGGUAUUCUGAAAAUACCAGUGUGUGGCAGUUCUCGCAGAUGUUACCUAAAACUGCUGAACUUGACCGGCAGAAUGUUCUGCCAUUUUCUGCUCCCUCGACACUUGAUCGGAGGGCUGUCGACCUCUCCUCCCGUGGGGGCUUCCCCAGUGCCUAUCUUCUCUGAUAGUCAUGGAGAGGUUACACUAAUUCAUUGGAGAUGUAAGUUGUUGGUUUUGUUUUGUUUUUAGAAAAAUAUAUAUAAAUAUAUAGAUAUAUAUCACUAUAGAAUAAUGCAUUAAUAAAAUGAGGCUUUUUUAGAGGAAGACCAAAAAAUUCAAUGUCUUAAAAAUAUAUUUAAUGGCAAUGCAAAAGUCUUCCUGCUUCCGUGCUGAACUUUAGAACAGAGGAUUGUAUUGCAAGACAAAGUUGAAUGUAAAGUGAUCUCCCUGAACAUUUUUAAGGUUUUACUUUUCUGAAAUUAUACAUCACAGCAGUGCAUAGGCCAUAUAAUGUUAGCUGGAAGGUCAAUUUCAGUGUAUGAUAUACUUUAUUAAGAUGUAUAAAACAUCCUGAAGUUUUUAUUUAGUUUUGGGAAUAGGCAUCAAUGGGUGGUAUUUGCUUUGUAACUCCCCCCAGGUACGAUAGGGACUGAAUAUGGACCCUGCUGAAAGCAGCGUAUUGACGCAUAUUUAACUCGCCCUCUAUCUGUAGAGUAGUCAUGACACUAUACAGAUGGUUCAUGUUCAUACUGCAGCCUAAAACAAGCAAAAUACACAGAUGAUAAUAUACUAAAUUUUCCUCUAUCCUGUACAUUUCAAAAAAAGGCAUAUGCAAUAUUUACAUUUUUAAUUUAGUUUACAGAAUGGAACCAAAAUGUAUAAAUGUUAUGUUUGCUAAAACUUCACAAUGUAUAUUGGGUCUUUGUACAUUUUGCCUGACUUACCUUAAAUUUAAAAUAUUUUUUGCUAUAUAAACUUUAACAGUUAUUAAACAGUGUUUUCUUUUUGGGUACGUAUUGUUUCUGGAUAUCAAGAUGUUAAAUAUAUUUCUUGCUAUUGUGAUAUGACAAGAGACUUAACUUAUCUUGCUCUGUCUUCCACUGUACACGCUGUAUAUAGGGGUCAAUGUGAUGCUGCUGGAGACGAGAAUAAACUGGACUAGAAUAGUGCAUUGUAUUUAGUCUGUAUUGAUCAUGGAUGCCCUCCUUAAUAGCCAUAUGCAAUAAAAUAAAGUACAUUAUUUAUGAAAUGAA